AUGGGACAGAACCCUUGGGUUGCCACUAGAGAGAUCAAGAAGAUCCCUUGGGUUACCAGCCACUCCCAAUGCCAUCAUAGAAGAAGACCCUAUUAUGUGGAUUGGUUUGAAAUAAAGGCACUUCUUCAAAAUGUUGGGAAAUCUUUUUGUCCAAAUUAUGUGGAUUGGUUUGGAUUUGAAGCUGCUGAUAUACCUCCAAGAAGUGCUGAUAAAUCAGUUGUUUCCAAAUUUCUACAAACAAAUCCUUCUGAUCAUACUACCUUUAAAUUAAAGGAAAUGGUCAGAUUGAUGAAAGAAAAACGUUUUCCUGCUGCUUUCAAGUGUUACUAUAAUUUCCACAAAAUUAAUUCGAUAUCUAGUGAUAAUCUUCAUUAUAAAAUGGUGAUCCAUGUGCAUAGUGAUUCAACCUUCAGGAGAUACCAAAAAGAGAUGAGAUUCAAGCCAGAUUUAUGGCCACUAUAUCGAGUUAUGACUUAUGACACAGCUGCGAACUUUCUUGAUUCGCAACAGGCAAAUGAAGAUAUGGAAUACAUCACCAGGAAAGUAGAGACAACUCAGGCAGUGUACAUAAGAAGGAAAUACGGGAACAAACAGUUGUCAUCAUCAAUCUACUUGAGUGAAGCUGAGCCUUUUCUUGAACAAUAUGCCCCUAAUGAAGAAGUAUGGAGCCAGGAAGUGAAUCAAAUCCAUUUUCUCUUGAUGCAUUAG